ACAAUUAAAACCGAAAACAGCCACUGCUGGAUGCAAACGAUCAAUGGCAGAAACCAUUUCACGUUUACUUCAAAACUAAAGCAUCCUUCUGAUCGUUUUCAAUGGGAUUCAGAGUUCAUUUCAGUCGUUUGACUCAUUGGUAGCUGCGCGCAAGAGAGUCGCUCUUUCUUUCAGGCUGCACGAGCCGUUUACUGUUUCCUUCAUUCACACAAUGUCCGAUCAGCCGGUAACUUUACCCGUGUGCAGGCGACUGACGUACGCCGCGGGACAUUUCUUCAACGACCUCUGCGCGUCUAUGUGGUUCACGUAUUUACUGGUGUAUUAUCACUCGGUUCUCGGUUUCAAUGAUAAGAACGCAGGUGCGCUGCUGCUGGUCGGGCAGGUCGCGGACGGGAUCUGCACUCCGCUCGUCGGUUACGAAUCCGAUCGGACGUCAGGAUGUGGAAAGUAUGGGAAAAGAAAGACCUGGCAUUUAGUGGGAACAAUAAGCGUAUUUGCCUCCUUUCCCUUCAUAUUCAACCCCUGCAUUGGAUGUGAUGAGAACACCCCACAGACCACAGGACUGAUUUACAUCAUCCCAUUCAUCAUCAUCUUCCAAUUUGGCUGGGCUGCUACCCAGAUAUCCCACCUGUCGCUCAUUCCUGAGCUGGUCACAUGCGAGCACGCCAAAGUGGAACUAACAUCAUACAGGUAUGCUUUCACAGUGGUGGCAAACAUUGCGGUAUAUGCUGUGGCUUGGCUCUUGUUCCACUUCCAAUCCCAACAUACAGAAGACCCAUCGAUUUCCCAGAAUCUGGGCUGGGUUGAUGUUCCCACAUUCAGAUAUCUGGCACUCAUAAUGUGGGCCAUCGGUACCGUUACCUCCGUCAUCUUUCACAUGGGCACUAAGGAGGAAAGAGACCAACCUCUGGAGAGUGAAGAGACUGCAAUCCCCAGCUCUUUCCAGAGCUCCGGACCCCUGCUCCAAUGGAAACACUGGCUCGUCGAGCCUGCCUUCUAUCAGGUUGCCAUACUAUAUAUGUGCACAAGACUGAUAGUAAAUUUGUCCCAAAUAUACAUCCCGAUGUAUCUGAUAAACUCCGUAUCACUUCCAAAGAACUACAUUGCAACUAUUCCCCUGGUCAUGUAUGUCAGUGGGCUUGUGUCUUCUCUGCUUAUGAAGCCUGUUAACAAAUGGAUCGGCGCCUCUAUUACCUAUUUUGUAGGUCUUGUGCCCAUAAUGGUGUUUUCCUUUUGGGUUUUGGUGGACACAAACAUGGGUCCACGGGUUUACGGAGCCGCCGUGCUGCUGGGAGCCGGAUCUGCUGUCAUUCUGGUCAUGUCACUGUCCAUGACUGCCAAUCUGAUCGGAGAUCAAAGACAAAGUGGUGCUUUCGUGUAUGGUGCAAUGAGUUUCACUGAUAAGGUGGCAAAUGGAAUUGGGGUCAUGAUAAUACAGACUUUACACCCCUGUCACACACUGGACUCUGACUGCAAAUGGUUUUACCGCACUGUCAUGGUGAUCGUCACCGGCGGUGUGGCUGGCGUUGCAGCUCUCUGUCUCUCUACCAUUCUCAUCUGGCCCAUCGCAAUUCGCCGACGUCUCGCGGUCAUCAGAGGGCUGAUGGGUACAGAUGACGAUGAGACGAGCAGCCGUGAGAUCAAUGGAAUACUGAACUGACAGAUUCAGUGUUAAAAACGUAAAAACUCUCAACAUUCGGUGAAACACUGGGCCGCACUACAGAGGAAAUGCUAUGUUUACUUUUCUAACUAACCAGGAACAAGGAAAAGAAGAAAAUAUGCUGCGCUGUGGUCAUGAGUUCUUGUCUCAGCACUUUGGAGAUGCGAUUUUUUUUAGCAUUGUUCUUACAUUCUCAAGAGGCAAUUUGUGUGAUGUUUUUAUGAGCUCAGGUCUGUCACAUGGAGUGACGACUUAAACAGGGCAACAAUUACACAACACAUUCAAGACGAGGAAGUUGCUCUGUUGAAAAAUUGCCAAACAUUUCUUAGGAUUCCACUGGACAUCAAAAGCACAUCUAGUUUGUAUGAAAACUUUGUGAAGUGCCUUUUGAAUACAAUACAGAUACUGACCAUUCUUGAAAGUUUCGCAGAUACUUUUAUUCAAAGUGACUUGCUGUAAAGUUGCAAUAGCACAAAUAUGUUUGCAGUAAAGCUUGUUCAGGCAGUUAUGCCUGUACUGUUUUGAAGUGGUACACGUGAUACUUGUAAGAGAUUCGUCUCCUUUUUACUAAAACUAAUAGUUUUGGGUUGGUGUCAUUCUGUUGUCACUGGUUCUGCAUUUACAUUCCAUGGACCAGAACAAAGAAAUAUUCACUGCUCAAUUAAAUAACACAUCCAUUUUUAAGCUGUUUACUGCUCUGCCGAGAGAAAACUAGCUAGUCGGCCACAUUAAUACUGCUUUGACGUUUUAUGUUCACCAGUAGGUUGUUAAACCUAUUUUUUAUCCACUAGAGGGAGACAUGUUAAAGAGCACAGUGGCGCUACUGUUGUCCCGCUGCUGUGGAUUUUCGAAAUUGACAAAGUAGAAAAAGAACUUAAUUUUGGGCAUUGUCAUCCAUCAUGUUUCAACUUAUGUCAUAAAAAAUAAACAG